AUGGCAGGAAAGCACACCGUUGCCGUUGUCGGAUCCGGAAACUGGGGAACCGCCAUUGCGAAGAUCGUUGGUGAAAACACCGCUCAGCAUAGCGACGUCUUCAACAAAGAUGUCAAGAUGUGGGUCUUUGAGGAGGAAGUCGAGCACGAGGGAAAGAAGAGGCCGUUGACGGAGGUGAUUAACGAGAAACACGAGAACGUGAAAUACCUCCCCAACAUCGCGCUACCAGAAGGUAUUGUUGCGGAGCCGGAUGUUGUCAAGGCGGUCGAGGGUGCGAAUAUUCUGAUUUUCAACUUGCCGCAUCAGUUUGUUGGCAAGGUUUGUAAGCAGCUGAGAGACUCUGGGAAGGUGUCGAAGGAUGCGGUGGGUAUCUCGUGCAUUAAGGGUGUGGAGAUCUCGAAGGAUGAUAUCUCGCUUUUCCCGUAUACCAUUGGAGAAGAACUCGGGAUUUACGUCGGUGCGCUUUCGGGGGCCAAUAUUGCGAACGAAGUUGCCGAAGAGAAGUUUUGCGAGACAACGAUUGCGUAUGCGCCGAAGGACGAUAAGGGCGUUUCCUCGGAUACGAUCAAGAAGUUAUUCCAUAGGGAUUAUUUCAGGGUUGGGAUGUGUGAGGAUGUUGCGGGUGUCUCCCUUGCGGGUGCAUUGAAGAACGUCGUCGCUGUCGCUGCUGGAUUCGCCGAUGGAUUGGGGUGGGGAGAUAACUCUAAGGCUGCUGUCAUGCGUGUCGGCCUCAUGGAAAUGAAGAAGUUCGCCAAGACUUUCUUCCCUGACGUCCGUUCCGCGACCUUCACGGAAGAGUCCUGCGGAAUCGCAGACCUUAUCACAUCAUGCCUCGGAGGCCGUAACCGUCGCUGUGCGGAGGCGUUUGUGAAGACAGGAAAAUCCAUGGACGAGUUGGAGCAGGAUAUGUUGAAUGGGCAGAAGUUGCAGGGUGCGGGUACGGCGGAGGAGCUGUUCCACUUUUUGGAUAAGAAGGGGAAGACGGAUGAUUUCAAGUUGUUUACGGCUGUGUACAACAUUGUGUACCAGGGAUUGCCGCCGGAUCAGUUGGCUGAGAACAUCUAA